AUGCCUAAAAAUAAGGGCAAGGGUGGUAAAAAUCGUCGCAGGGGUAAGAAUGACAAUGAGGGGGAGAAAAGGGAGCUCCUGUUUAAGGAAGAUUGCCAAGAAUAUGCUCAGAUACUCAGAAUGUUAGGAAACGGCCGACUAGAGGCUUACUGUUUCGACGGCACAAAAAGACUUUGUCAUAUUAGGGGGAAAAUGAGAAAAAGAGUUUGGGUUAAUGCUGGGGAUAUCAUACUAGUCUCACUGCGCGAUUACCAGGACGGGAAAGCCGAUGUUAUCGCAAAGUAUACGGCAGACGAGGCUAGGAGUUUGAAAGUUUAUGGAGAAUUGCCCGAAUCAACCAAAAUUAACGAAUCUGACCUUUAUGACGAGGAGGGAGACGGCGGGAUUGAGUUUCAGGACGGUUCUGGCGAUGAAGCUCAGCAUAUAAUUCAGGAUAUCUCAAUUGAUGAUUUGUGA